GGAAGAAAAUAGGCGGAGCUUAGCAAGUGACAGCAUACAAAAAACUUUGUUAGCGCUCUGCUAACUUUACUGAACCGUUUCUUUAUAAUGCUGCUCUCCUGAAGAAGCGGACCAGAAGUCCUUAAAAGUAAGGCUGGUAUCGUAUUCCCACAGAAAACAUCAACCUAAGGAUGGAAAUUUACUUCAGUUCUUAUCGGGGGGCAGGGUGGGUUAACCGUAGCCAGCCAGCUGCUAGCCAGUGUUAUUUUAGCUAACGGCUAAUGCUCAGAAUGUUGAAAUAAACAUCAGGAGGUUAAUGUGUUCAAAGCUGAUCAAACAGCUGUGGUGAACGCUUCAACACGCAGACAGGAGGUCAGAUGAGAGGCGAAGCAUGCUGAGGAAUCAAAAACUUACUUCCUCUUUUCGCAGUUUUUUCCAUGACUUUGUGUUCCUCCAUGAACUAAAACCUUUUCACUCAGUUUCUGACUGUCUCUGCUGCUAAACUUCAGGCUAAUUCACUCUCUUCUUUGCUCUUUUCUCGUAGGAUGGAACACCAUGAAGAGGACGAUGGAACCCUGUGCAAAUGGCCGAGUGUGAGUUUGUUUGAUCCACUUUGACUGUCUGAACUCUGAGACUGAAAACUGCAGCUGGCGAAUCCAGACAUGAACACAGUGUACAUAUACUGACCCAGAUCUGACAGACAGACAGCUGCAAUAACGAGCUACGCCAUUAUGAACUUGUUUGUUAAUGUUAUUUUACCUAAGGAAGAAACUCAUCAUAAGAAACUUUAUUAUAGGGCUGGGCGAUAUGGUAAAAAGUUAAUGAUGAUAUAUAUUUUUUCAUAUCAGUCGAUAUAUAAAAAUGAAAUUUAACUGUUUAUCGGUCGCAUGUCUUUUCCAAUACAAUAAUCUACUUCAUCUGUGAGGUCUUUGAGUCUCUUCGACGUUUUUCUGUUUCGGCUGCACAGGCGCCAUGGGCUCCUUGCUCCUCUCGGGGUUUGUAACCUUUUGCGUUGUGCGUGCUCUGCGGCGUGGCGCUGCUUCAGGUGGUGAAAAAGAUUUGAGGUAUUCCCCGACUUUGUGAGAACAUGUACUCGACUUAAUUUUCAGUACACAUUACUCUGCUUCAUGUCCGACCUCAAAAAACAAAAUACCUCCACACCACCAACGUUUCGUGCCAGUGGUGUUGACAAUGUCGUCAUCUGUUGAGCCUUCAUGGUCAUUUCUGUCGGGGGUAGCACUCAUUUUCUUUUUUCUCACCAACAGUGCUGUCGGCUUCACCUGUUAAAGUUCUAUGGUUGGAUGUAGCUGCUGUCUGCUAGGACGCAGUUGUUUGUUACUUGGUUCUAAUUCAGCACAUGAUUGGUUCAGUGUGAAGCGGACCCGGAGCAAAUCCACUUUUCAUUGGCUAUUCAUAAAGUCUAUCAAAACAUGGCAGAAUGCUGACUAUUGAAAUGCAUAUUGAUUAUGUUGUAUAUUGAUAUUGAGGGAAAUUAAUUUUCGAUAUAUUUUGAUGUCGUUUUAUCGCCCAGCCCUACUUUAUUAUUCGAAACAGUAAACUUACAACUAGAUCUCACUCAACUAACUAAAAGAGAAUAAUUUUGCUCUUAAUUAAUAAUAUUAAUAAUAAUAAUACAUUUUAUUUGUAGUGCCUUUUACAUCAAGAGACCCCAAAGGGCUACAUCGUAAAGGCAAAGAAAUAUCACAGUAAAGAAUUAUAAAAAUAGGUUAUUGGUUAAAACAAGAGAAACAUCUUAUGAAAAGAGUAAAAGCAAGAUAAGCAUUUUUUCCCCCUCUAUAUUAGAACACUUUUACCCCAGCACUGAAGCAUGUAGACUUUUGGUUUUGUCGCAUUUUUAAAUGACAAAGUUAUUAUUAAAUUUCCCUUUGGAGAUCAAAAAAGUACUUCUUAUAUUAUCUUAUUUUUAAUGAAAGUAGUUGUAUGUUUCUCUCAUUUCAGUACUGUCUCUACCUCUUUAUUCUCAAUUGUAUCAGAGUAACUGUGUUAACCUGUUAUGUUUUUAGGUACUUAAUCAAUACAGCAAAAGUGACAUCACAUUACGGGUGCAAAAAUUCGUGGAGGAGAGGAUGCAGACCACCAUGGUAUGAAGACGCAAUUUUAAUGACAGCAUGUGCUUUCAACAAGCAGAGAGACCUGUGCCAUGUAUUCAGAUUGGGUAGUUUAGGCCUGCUUUGUCUUUAUAGGAGAGGAUUAACAUAAUUUGGUGGGUUGUGAUCAUUCUUUUGACUACUUUUUGGUACGACUUGGAUGGUUUCCACCUGGGGAAAUAAUACUUAGUUUUGGCUCAUUUACUCCUCUAAUAAGAGUAACUGGGAUUGGAAUGUCACCAAAUUGAAUAGACUUUGCUCUUAAUAUACAUACUCCAUACUUACAGUUAUAUCGGCUUGUAAUGUUUUGUUUUAACCUUGCAAACUAAAAACAGCAGCAGUGGGCUGCUCCUGGUUUUGAAUUUUGGCUUGUUAUUGUUUGUUCACUGUUACUUUACUUUCUCUGGUUUAAAUACAUGUAACACUCAAAGACUACUUAGAAUUAGUACAUGGUCAUUGACUGGAACGUGGCUUUGGACUUCAAAGUAUAAGGUCCACAAACAACCAGCUUAGUCAGCCAAGUACACUGUAUACCUAACCCUCAUGUGAUCUUUACAUUGCUGCAAUGCUCUUGUCUGUCCUGUAGCUCACCGGUGCACUAAUUGGAGCGGCAGUCGCAGUCUCACUGAUUGGGAUUGUGGUUCUCUUCCUCUACCGGAGGUUUAAGCUUGCUCGUGAGUCAUCAAACAUCUCAGUGGCCUAUAUGUGCAUCUGUGACAAAUGCCAUGUUUAGUAUGGAAAGUAUUGAAAGUUUUGAAAAGCAUUAUGUUCUUUUGAGAAAGCCAUCUUAAGAUUGAUAACUUUGCACUUUGUUUUGUAUUUCCGGACAAGGAGAACGGCAGCCUGGGGUACCGCAGUACCGCUUCAGGAAACGAGAUAAAGUGCUCUUCUAUGGAAGGAAGAUAAUGCGAAAGGUUUCUUUUAUUUUCCAUUCAUGACAGAAAUUCAUACACAUUGAACUUUAAGGUCUGAUUGAUUUAAAAACUCCUCUGCAAAAUAAAUUUGGUAAAUGGUUUUCAAUAAAUAAGGCUAAAGGUUGGGCAAUGCAGUUUCUAUUUUUCACACUUCAAACCCUAAUUCCAUUAGGAUGCUGUCUAUGAUGUUAAUGAAAUCAGUUUCUGCAUAUUAAUUAAACCUGCAUUCUAUUAAGAAAUAUGCAAAGAUGACAUAGCAAGCAUUGAAUGACAAUUUUUUAUAAAAGCAGUUUUGACCUGUCUUAAUGGAUACAGCAAUAUCUGUGUUUAUAGGUAGAGUAUUUUGAAUAUUGUCACCUAUUUAAAAUAAUGGCUUAAGUCACUUUUUGACAAAAAUAGCUUUUUUUCCCUCCUAAGUCAGUCCUUCAUGAUGCUGCCCAUCUCUGGUAGAAUUACCUAAAUCCUAAUUUGAACAGAUUGUUCAUAAAAAAUAUUCAUUUUUAGCAUUUAAUAUGUUGUCUUUGCGCAAUUUUUAAUUAAACAUGGAUGAUGUGGAUGUUUUGCAUACCAUCAAAUUCUAGUGUUUCAACAAUUAACAUAGCGUUCCACCUCUAAUAGAAUUGGGGUUAUAAAUAUAACUCCCCUCAACCCUGAGAGCAAUCUUUUCACCACUCCAUGACACCACCUCUUUUUUUUCGACCCUUUUCCAUGAUUAAUUUGCUCUGUGCCUUUGUAAACAUAUGAAACAUCUUGUUGAUUUUGCUGUUAAGAGAAAAAAAAAACACUAAAAUCUGUAAUGUUUAUUUUUCCAAGGUCCAGACACUGUCUUCGAUUCCUCCCCCGUCUUCUACCUCAGUAUCAAAGCAACCGCAACGCAUCCGCAAGAGAACCAAAGUUCUAAGCAUAGCUCGCAAGUAUGCUUCAGGAAUACAUUUUCUAUUUUCUGUGUGGAAGUGAAACUUUCAAACAACUCCUCAGACACACUCUGGCCUUGUAUUGACGAUUGACCGAGGAUGUCUUUUGUACUUUUUUCCACAGAAUCUUGAGGAUCCGUAAAGAUCCUCCCACACUGCAGCCAAAGGAACCUCCUCCCUCCCUGUUGGAAGCUGACCUGACAGAGUUUGAUGUGCAGAGUUCAAACUUACCCUCAGAGGUUCUCUACAUGCUGAAGAAUGUUAGGUAAAAAAAAGGCCUCUUCUUUCUUUCUUUGUUUUUUUUACAGAUUUGUCCCUUUUGUUUUUAAAAAAUGUUUAUGUCUCUUUGUAGAGUCUUGGGUCAUUUUGAGAAGCCCCUCUUUCUGGAGCUGUGCCGACACAUGGUAUUUAUCGAGCUGCAGGAGGGUGAAGGACUUUUCAGGCCAGGAGAUGAUGAUGAUAGCAUUUUCGUAGUCCAGGAUGGACAACUGGAGCUCUGCAUCCAGGAGAACGUAUGUGGAUAAAAACAUGUUUCACCAAAACAUAGCAACAUAGAAACAGAAGUCAAAUAUUAAUCAAGUUAUAUUCUUAAGUUAUAUGUGCUUGUUUUACUUCAUAUUAUCCUCUGUACUUCUACCUCUCUGGUGUCUGUUUCUGUGCUGUCAGUCACAGGAAAUGAAAAAAUACAGACAGUAGGGGGCAGUAGGGCACUAGAGUAGCCUUGUUUGUAAAAUAAAGGUGUUGUUCUGCUUGUAGCUGGUUGCUGUCAGUAAAUACAGAUCAUGAGUACAAAUCUUUACCUCUCCCCAUCAUAUCCCCACGUUGUCCAGUUUGAUCAGAAGCUAAAUCUGCAUGUUUUUCAAAGCAUCAUUUGGAGAAAUACAGAGUUGUUUGUAUAAUUGCAGUUUUCUUUUUUUUUUUCCUCAGGAUGGUACAGAGCCGGUUGUAAAAGAUGUGCACCCAGGAGACAGUGUCCACAGCCUGCUCAGUAUUCUGGACAUCAUCACUGUGAGCUCCCCCAUCUCCUUCAUCUGCACAUCAGACUUACUCCACUGCUCCUGUCCUUGUUUGCCUCCUGAUCUGUUUCUCACUUCACUGUCUCAAUUGUUCUCAUCUUAAGUGAUGUUUCUUGUGUGGAGCAGUUCUUUUUGUGCUGUCUGUUCAAUUCACUUUAUUUAUCUAUUACCUUGACAUUCCCGCAGACUCUUUCAUUGAGGUAAUUUGUGUAGCUGCAUACUCUGAUUUGUUCAUCCAUUCAGGUGAAAUAUCUUUGAUGAGAGCUGUAUGUUUAAGGGUCUUUUGAUGCAAUAGGAUAAGUCUUUAGUUCAGAACAGACUGUACUGUCCACAAACAUGACUUUGAAACUGAAAAUUCACAAUAAUCAAGCUUAAAAGCUCUGUGAAAUAAAUAUGUCAAAGCUGCAUUAUUGUUGGCAGUAAACCGAUACAGAUUGAGGUACAAAGAAAUCAUUUACUAAACAGUUGGAGCAUCAACAGUGUUUAUUUUAAUUGACUGUACAGACGGAAAAAUCUGUAUGACUAGUUGGUCUAAUGCUUCCAGAUUUAGGUACUGCUUUCUGAUUUUAUUGGUAGAAAUGCUUCAUAGUGAUUGAUUAUUUCAUGUGGAGAUGGUUGAAAAAGUCAAAGUUUAUUUUGUGGUUAAGUGACUGUCUACUCUGUCUUCGUCUUAGCUUAAUAACUGUUUUGCGUUUCCCAGGGUUACCCAGCUCCGUAUAAGACUGUUUCUGCACGGGCUGCAACUCGCUCCACCAUCUUACGUUUACCCGCAUCAGCUUUUGAGUCUGUGUUUAAGAAGUACCCAGAAACACUUGUUCGUGUUAUUCAGGUAACACAUUGUCUUAGAAGUGCUUCUUGACUGAAGCACAUCAGUGUCAUGUUAAAUGUAAUCAUUUCGAUCUAAUUUUGGUGUAACUACAUCUGCUGUAUAAUAUGUUCUGCUCUCUGAUUCUCCGUGUUGCAGAUAAUCAUGGUGCGCCUCCAAAGAGUCACCUUCUUGGCGUUACAUAACUAUCUGGGCCUCACAACUGAGCUCUUCAAUCCGGUAGGAGGGAAAUUAAUUAGUGCUCACACAUUUUAUGUGUAGACACACACCGUCCUGCUGAGAGGCUGGCUAUGAAUUUGUACAUAAACAAGCACAGACAGGCACACACACAAGGUCACACACAUGCAAGCUAAUUUCACACAACAUUAAGCGCGGUAUCAUAACUCGGUCCUUCACGAAGCUCACUCAGAUGAAUCAAAAUUAUUUCUAAUCCUCCACACAAUAACGGAGGACAGUCGGCUUGAACCCGGGUCUGCUUACAGCUGAAGUUUUUUCAUUUUUAGAGGAACAAUGCGGAUGGACCCGUCUUGUUCUUAUUUCUUUUAUUUUGAUUGUUAAGUAGGUUUUUCAGUUUUGUUGAUAUUACAGUGUUUCAAAAGUUAUUUUUUCCCUUGCCUCAGCUAACUGAAUGUUGCUUCUUUGUUUUGUUUUGUUUUGUUUCUUUUUCUUCCUUGAUUGACAGGAAAGUCAGGCGGUGCCCUUGACCAAUAUAAACAACAUGAUGGCCGAGGCAAAUUCCAUAAAGACCCCCCGUCGUUUGCACUUUCAGGACGAGUUACCUGCCGGCACCACAGAGAGCCCCACAGAUCCCGGUCAUUAUUCCACACAUACACUUUAUACGCAUAGGUAGUUUGCACUGUGUUGGGUUGAGACUGAUCCAAUGCUAACACUUCACUUUGCAAUAAACAGAUGGUGGAAAGGACAGCCCUUCAAACAGCCACAGGAAGCCGCGAUCUACAUCUAUGCCCACUGACUGCACAGGUAGGUGACAGCCUGGGACAUAAGCGAUCUCCAAAUGGCAUCUGUCUGUUUUAAUUUCCUGCACUGACUUAUCAUAGCUGCUGAUCUGGGAGCAAGGACACACACACCAAACUCAUCUUCCUCCUCUCUUGUCCUGAGCUUCAGGUAAUGACCUGAACAUGGCUUGUGAAAGAGCUCGAGUCACAAUAGAAGAGGCCCCACCCAGUCCUGUCAUCACUCCCAAAGUGAGUAGCCUGAUCCUUGUGUCUAUUUCCAUUGAAUUAGCUCUGUAGAACAUCAUUUCCCAGUGUGCAUUGCAGCUUCUGCCUCUGCUCGUCCUACACGUUCAGAUGAAUCCCUUCUCUGUGUCUGUCUUUGCAGUCCAGUCUGAAGAAGAGCGUGACAAUGCAGCACACACCCUCUGAAGUCUUUCACUACACAGACAGUGGGGGGCACUCUGAUGCCAUCUACCUCAAUAAAAGCAGUUCAAUUUUCCAGGCCGCCAAGAAAGACCUGCUGGGAAUCAUUCAGCUGCAGGUGAAAGGCUGACCACAGAAAACAAACGUCAACAGGGAUAUUUUCAAAGUGACAUGUUAAAUGGAUAACAUUUGGGAUAGAUCUGCUGAUACUUCAGAAACACAAUAAGAAGCUGUUUCAAUCGUUUUUGCGUGCAUAUGAAAAGUUGUUUUUGUUGUUUUUUUCUUCCCAAGGACCCCAGCCUACUCGAGGGCAGAGUGACCCUCCAUCAAGUGAAAGCUGGUUCUGUGGUGGCUCGACAGGGAGACCAGGUUGGGCCAACACCUUUUUACAUUUGUUAAAUUUGCAGACAAGACUCACCAGAAGAGUCUUCUUUUAGUGUCCUCUAUUAAUAAGUUGCAAAGGUUUAUAAUUACUUAAUUUCUUUUUUUUUUCUUUAUAUGUAAAUGGAAAUUUUCUAUUUAUUUUAUUUCUUUGCAAACAUGUUCGAAAUAAAUGAAUUCAUUCAGUGAGAAAACUGUCACUUCUGCACCCUCUAAUCUGUGAUUUACUACACUAUGCAGAAACUUAAUUUGUUUUUAAACCAUUGAAAUGUAAAUAUUUACCUACUGUCUUAACUCGCACUCUCAAAAGUUAUAUUUAUUUUAUCAUGCUACAUUGAAAUUCUCCUCCAUUGUCAGAGUCCCAAAGAAAAUCUCUUUAUUGUUUAUCCUGUUUUUGCAAUGUACAAACUAACCCUUUGACUUAUCCAGAUAAACAGAAGCUCAACAUUUAACAUUAAGUUUAAAAACCCAAGUUUUAAACUAAUGACAUUAUAAUACUUAAAAAUGUAUUUGUGAUCUUUCAGCACAUCUGUAUGUUUCAGUUCUCGCUGUAAUGUGUGUCUUCUUCUCUCGAUGCUUCAGGAGGUGAGCAUCCAGUUUGUCAUCUCUGGCCUCCUCCAUGUUUACCAGCGGAUGAUUGACCGUGAAGAAGACACCCGCCUGUUUGUGACACACCCAGGAGAGCUCGUCGGUCAGCUCGCUGUCCUGACGGGGGAGCCGCUCAUAUUUACUGUUCGAGCCCAGCGAGACUGCAGCUUCCUCUCCAUCUCCAAGACCCACUUCUACGAGUCAGUCACAUGAACACACGUGCAAACAUGUUGACAUGGGGAUAACGUGUACACAAAACAUCACAGAGAUCCCCUGUUUAAAGAUACAGCCACCUUUAAUGUCUGUUUGUAGCUGUAUAAGCUUAAUUUUAUCUUUAUGCCCAUAAUCAUAGCUUCUACCAACAUAACAUAACAUAAAAAAUCAAGAACUGCUGUCAAAUUAGACUAUCUAAAGCAUCAGAGUUAUUCUUCAUCUUAAACCUCAUGACUAGUGUAGAAGGAGCUUAAUUUAUCUUGAAUUAAACUCAUAAAAACUGGAUUCAAAAGCAGUUUAACUUCAUGUUUCUUGUAUAUUCCUCUUAAAUAGACAUGAGUCGGAUCAGUCAGUGAAGACUUAAAAGCUUUAAGCCUUAAAGCUCAACCCAAGACUGAUUAUUUGAUCUUGUAUUAUUUAUUGGAUCUUUUUUUAACCAGCAGGAAAAAUACAGAGAGUGUCUUGACCAAGAUAACAUUUGAGUUUUUAGUGUAUGUCUUAUACAUAGAUACAUAGCAACUCACCAAUCUUCAAGACAAUGCAAUGCUGGUGAUUCUCUUCUUACUUAAGCAUAAAACUUGGCAAAUUUGGUUAAACAAGGUUGUUCUAACUAUUUAUCCUUGGCUAUCUGACUAAACCAGCUGUUCCUGUCUUUUAGCUUUAUUAAUCAAAAGUGUUGUUAAUCCCCAAAACUUACCCAUUUUUAUCGUCAAGGCGAGGUCAGACACCGAAAUGCAAAAAUCAGCUUUUAAACCAGAUUUGACCAGUUCUGGAGUUUCUGUGCUUUGAAUUUUAAGUCAGCUGAGACCAGAGUUGUUGUGGGCUGCGAUUUAUGAAUAUUUGGAUAUUUGCUUGAUAAUUAAACUCAAAUAGUUGUUUGACUUAUACAUGACCUGAAAAAUGUAUAUUUCUUCAUUUGUUUUCUUUGGCUUCUAGUUGUAACCUAGUCUAACCCUGAUGCUGUGGCGGUGGGACAUCUGAAAACUUUAUGCAAACUGCCAAAAAAAAAAACUGAAAAGAAAAAAGGACAGAAAACACAAGUGCUGUCUGCCAGUGAAACAGGUGCAGGGCUGGAAGACUUAAAGUUGGAGAAUAUACAGAGACUUCUGCAGCCACCAAAGAGCUCUGUGUUGUACUUCUUUGGGAAAAUAAACUCAGAUGAGCUGAAGUGCAAACUUUGACCAGUAAAACUAGCACAGCACUCUGCACAGUCCUGGGUCUCCAUCUCUCCUUAUGUCUGCAUGUGGACUCUUGUGGGGACCGUUGAAGUAGUUCUUGCAGGACCCUCUGAUGAAUGAAUAGUAUUUUUGCUUGAAAUUCCCUUUUUUUAUGAAGAUGCUAAUAAACCAUCAAACAUUAUUGUUAGUAAGAGUAAUGAAAAUGGUCUGUUUGUUUUCCUCUGCCUGAUUUUCCAUCUGUUUUUUCAUCUCCUCCUCAGGAUAAUGCGAGUGGAGCCAAAGGUUGUGCUGAAUGUGGCUCACACAGUCGUGAGGAGAAUGUCGUCUUUCGUGAGACAGAUUGACUUUGCUCUUGACUGGAUGGCUGUGGAAGCUGGUAGAGCGGUCUACAGGUAUACUUAUUACCUUUUAUGUGUUGAAAAAAUGAUCCCCUGAAAUGACUGUAUUCCUGUCAACAAAUACAUUUGUUCCGCGGCCGCAGGCAUUUCUGCGUAUUUGCAGUGGAUUGAAGUUAUAUGUUUCUUUUCCAGGCAGGGAGAGAAAUCUGACAGUACUUUCAUAGUGCUGAGUGGUCGACUGCGAUCUGUCAUCCUGAAGGAGGAUGGUAAGAAGGAGCUGAUAGGAGAGUACGGACGUGGAGACCUGAUUGGAGUGGUAAGGGCUGUGAUGGUGAGGGGGGGAGACAGAUGGAGGAGAGUAGGCGAAAAACUAUGACUAACUACUAUGUUUGAGCCAUGUUGAGAUUUUUUCACUUUUAGAGUCCUCAUAAAUAUUAAUGAUGUUGUAUCGGGAUAAGUAGUUCUGAGCCAAACUUGCAGAAUGAAUAUGCAUGAGCAAGAGAGUUCAUUUCAUUCACAGCAGUUCAUUAUCACAUACAGAAGUAUUAAUCACAUCCAAGUAAGUAAGAACUGAUCAUGAAACACUUUCAGCUCUUCAUAUGCAGGACCAUAAGACUACUGUCACUGCCAACACAUAAAAACUCAACCAACUGCAUCCUGUGAAUAUUUACAAGGAGAAGUAACUUCAAUCUAGAUGCAGUUAAACGAUGAAACAGGAUUAGACUUAAAGGGAUAUCCCGCUGUAAAUUUAAGUUAGGGUCAAACACACCGUAACACCAAGAGAUGAAUGUUGCCAGCCGCUUGCUUCUCUAGUUACACCGACCUUAGUAAUGACCGCAGCAGUCUACAUCUCCAUGCGCAACCUUCAGGUAAUCGACUCGUUAGGGCUCGUGUGGAGACAUAGACCACUGUGUAUUGCUAUCGUGUGGUCGUUGGUAAAGUUGGUAUAACUAGAGAAGCAAGCGGUCGGCAACAUUCAUCUCUUGAGGGGGUGUCUAACUCAGUGUUACAGUGUUUUUGACCCUAACUUAAAUUUAUACCGGAAUAUCCCUUUAAUCAUCACUGCUCUUUAGGUAGAAUCAGUUCAUGUAGUCUGCAAAGUAAACCCAGAAUAAACAUUUUGCAGUUUUUCUCAUCUGUUUUUUUUUUUUAUAUAUAUGUAUAAAUUGGAAGAAUUGUAUUUAUCACCUGCUAACAUAUUCAGCACUUAUUUACCAAGAAUACAAAACUCAUGAACAGUUUCCCAAAGUUGACAGGCCUGUCUAAAAAUGGAAAAACAUCACCAACACUGUUUGUAAUCCAAUUUCACUAAACAGCGAAGAGCUAAUUCACUUUGUAACAUUUAACCCACCUCCCUGCUGGCCAAUCCAGCUCAUCUUUGCCCAGAUGCUUCUAAUAAUACCUGGCUUGAUGGAUGCUAUGGUUACUGUUACCUGCAGGAGGGAAGCAGUCUAGCAGCUUCUGUGAUGGAGAGAAUGAGAUUGUAAUUGUUGAAGUUCAGAGUCAAAUUUAGCACAGAUGUGUUGACGUCACUUCAGGAUCUUGAGAUAAAGAGAUCUUAUUUAUAGUUCCUCUCACCUAUGGCUCAUAUUGACUCUGAGGAAUACAGCCCUCUUAAGCAGAUUAUAUGCAGGUCCACGACACCUUUCUUUUCAAAGUGUCUUUAUCUUUCAGUGAGAAUUAAUUCAGUGAUGCAUUACAUUUUAUGAUGUGGGAGGAAGGCAGAUGUAUGCUGGUCACCACACUUAGUAGGUCUCAUGUGUUUUACAUGAGAUCAAACUGUUGUAAAACUUCGGUCAGCAGCCAAGGCUUUAAUUUGUUUCUAUGCAUGAACCCCCCCUCCUUAGUUUUGGACAGGUGUUAAAAGGAAGCAGGCUUUUACUUAAUUAAAAAAAAAAAGCUUUAGGUCUGCGACAUAACAUUUAUGUCGCCAUUUUGGCUUCUAUUCUCAUCUUUAAAUCCAGUACAAGCAAUAAAGAUUCACUGGAGCACACAUUUCUUCAGCCGUCUUCCUGAUCAGCUUGUGGCAGACUGUAACACCGAUCAAUGAGGGGUGAUCGCUCACCCUUCUCCACCCACCACUCUGCAGUUAGCUCUGUUCCUGCCUCCUCAGACAGAAGCUGAAGUUUAGUUUUAUGUUUCCUGUCAUUCGUUUAAUACUUUAAUACCUGAAAAGUGUCUUCCUGAUACUUUUAUUGGACGAACUUGACACCCUGACAGCACUCAGGUUCCCAGUUUUCUCUGUGCUGCUAUGGUGAUCAGUAAAUGUGACAUGUUGCAUUUCAGAGAAAGUAUAAGAAACAACUGAUGAAUAAAGCCUUCUACCUGAGACCUGGCUGUAUUGCAGGGUAUCCACCGAGUCUUAAAAAGGCUUAAAACAUCUAAAAUCCAAUAAUUUAAAUUAAAGGUCUUAAAAUGUCUUAAAUUCUCUUAAAAUCUUAUAAAAUGUCUUGAAAGGUCUUAAAAAUAUAUUAACUGAACUUAGGAAAAAAUAACGUGCCAUACGAAGAAAGAUUGACUCAAAGGAAAGUUCAUUGUUCUGCUUUCCUUCCAUGUCUUUUGUACUUUUUUUCCAGUUUGGAUGUAGAAUGGGUCUUAAAUUGUUUUCAUUAUGGUCUUUAAAAAGUCUUAAAAAGUCCUGAAUUUGACUUGUUGAAACCUGCAGAGACCCUGUACUGGUUAAAACACGCAGCAACACCAUACUAAGAAAGAUGUCCGGAAAUGUAAGAACUAGUUUGAUGAAUUUCCUUUAGCCGCUGUGAAGCUCUUUCUUUGCUUUAUGAUUUUCUCCUCCUUAUCUUACUGGGUCAUAAUCUGUUUAAAGCAGGAGUGACUACCCUUGAACCAUUAUACAGACAGUUUUCUUUUUGUUGCAGAUAUGUGCCAGUGGUAUAGAUUAGUCAGGCACCACCACAACGUUAAUCACUCUGCAGGAACAAUGCUCAGGGGACCAGAGAUGACUGUUCAGAUCAGUUUAAGAGAACUGCUCUUCCUCAUUUCUGCAUUUUAAGUUAACCGAAUUCUGACCAGUAUCAGAAACUGCACAAGCUCCAGAGCUUUAAAACAAAACUGAAAUCAUGACGGUGGGCAAACCAGUCCUGUGGACACUAAAUUAACCAUUGCAUUAAACUACAUCAUGUGUCUGUGAUUUCUUUGCAGGUGGAGGCCCUGACCCAUCAGAACAGAGCUACUACAGUGCAUGCUGUACGAGACUCAGAGCUGGCAAAGUUACCAGAGGGAGCUCUCAGCUCUAUCAAGAGGAAGUUCCCACAGGUAUCCUCAACUAACUGUGAUUUUUCUGUGUAUUGGGCGUAAAGGUCAACUAUAAAAAUAAAAUAAGCCUUGGAGUAAUCUCUUGAUUGCCUGUUCUCAGGUUGUUACCAGGUUGAUCCACUUGUUAGGACAGAAGAUCCUCCAGCAGGUUAAUGGUCCUCUGACAGGUAUGUGAAUCUACAUAAGCAUAUGCUGUUACCCACUGGAGCACAGGGUUAUUCAACUAGUGUGGGUGUUGAUGCCAGUUUACUGUUAAGUGAAAGGUUUAUUAAUAUUUAUAUGUUCCCCAGCUCGCAGCUUGGCUCUCCACACCCCAGGCAGCAAGUGGGAUGCAGGGAACCAAGCCUCCAACCUCUCCACUGUAGCAGUCCUGCCUGUCUCUGAAGAGGUUCCUCUCACCGCCUUCACCCUUGAGCUGCAGCAUGCACUCAUCGCAAUAGGUAUGAUAAAAAAAGAUACUGCUGCAAGAGGCCAAGUGUGUCCUCUGGCAACCAUCCUGGAAAAAAAAAAGAUAUAUAUCUGCAUAAUGUUUGCACAGACAUAGACACAAAUUAAGUGUUAUACAUUUUCUUAUCCUGUUGUCCCUGUUGGUUACUAGUCUGAUUCAUCUUUUGCUAUGCUUGAGCCACAUACUGUUUAUUGACAUUAAACAAAACCUACACCCUUUGGCCCCGCCCCCUUUUUAGAGAGUCUGUGACAAAAAGUGGCCUUUAUAAUUGAGCAGUUAAACCGUUACUAAGGACAUGAGGUGUCAUGUCACCUGUGCUGUCAUAUUUACACGAGUCAUACAUGUGGGGGAGCCCUAACGAGUCGAUCAGUGCAGCAGAUCAUUUCCAUGAAGUAAUAAUCGUCAUAAUAAUAAUUUUGCACUGCAGACGCCGUAGUUCUUCUGCCUUAGCGUCUCCAUGAAGUAAUAAUCAUAAAUGUUCUUCCUUGAGCUACAAAACUCCGCUGCAUUUGGUGAUCGACUCGUCAGGGCUUCCCCACAAACAAGCAGCUGCUGGAAGAGAGUGGGUGAGUUGUGUUUGGUCACUUUGCUAAAGAAAUCAGGCAAAGCUAAAAAGAUGUUUGGUGGCUAGUUCUAUGGCUGGGACCCUAUAUGUACUGUUGAUGAAGUUCGCUGCUGUUCUGAGCAUUAUUUGUGGCUAUAGAGUGGCGUUUUGGUUGAGGUUUGCGCAUGGAGACGUAGACUGCUGUGUAUUACUAUCGUGCUGUCGUUACUAAAGUUGGUAAAACUAGAGAAGCAAGCAGUCGGCAACAUUCACCUCCGGACAGGGUGUCUAACUCGGUGUUACGGUGUGUUUGACCCUAAUUUAAAUUUACACCGGAAUAUCCCUUUAAAGGUUGAAAUUAUUUUUGUUGUUUUUCUUACCAUCCUAUGUUUACAUUUGAGCCCCUCCAUUUCGAGGGCUUUUUGGAGGACUUUAUGAUCUUUUCUAGGCAAAGUGUGAUCACACUUAGCUCCACACAAGCACACAGACAGAAAGGUCAAUGGGGAAGGUUUGGUGGGAGAAUCAGGAUCAAGUCAUUAAUGUACUCUUUCACAAACAGGUCCCACCCUGCUACUGACCAGUGACAUCAUCAAACAGCGACUUGGAGCUGCAGCACUGGACAGGUAAAUGUAGCAGCAGACUGAGAAUUUAUAGGACUAUGACCCCUCCAUUCUCCCUGAGAGCCACUUGCUGCUGGUUGGUUUAUUUCUCUGUUCUUCUUUCGAUCUCUCUUACUCACUUAUUAUAUUCAGUUCAAGUACGCUGUCUUGGCACAGCAGGGAAAAUGGAUCCUCAGUGUGCUGCCAGCAAGGCAAUACAUCCUGUUACUAAUAGACUCCUCUUUCUCUUCAGUGUGCAUGAGUACCGUCUGUCCAGCUGGCUGGGCCAACAGGAAGACAUCCAUCGCAUUGUUCUUUACCAGACUGACUAUACUCUGACCCCGUGGACACAGCGCUGCAUCCGCCAGGCUGAUUGCAUCAUCAUAGUAGGACUUGGAGAGCAGGAUCCUGCUGUUGGGGAGGUGAGGAUUAAGGUUGGGGAGAAUCAGAGGCAAAGGUAGCCAGGAAUCCAGUUUUUGUUUGAUAAGUUGGUGUCCUUUAUCUUGUUGUUUUUAUGCUCAAGAAAAACACCCAGCAUUGGUAAAAAAUGAAAUAAACACUUAGAUCAGUAUGAUGAGAGUGAACCAUCAUGUAAGAUUAUUUUAUAGUUUGACCCAUGUUUCUCCUAUGAGGGGGAGGGCUUUAUUGCAGCAUGUUAGCAAAGAACAUAAAACUGCAAACUCUUUAUUAUUUUAAGUCCUUUACCUUCCGGCUCGCAAACUGAAAUUCAAACUUUGCUUUUUAAUUUUGAUUUUAUUGUCUAAGCUCUGCUCUGAGGGUAAUAUCUCAUCUGGGUAUACAGCUGGUAAUUACUUUACUAUUUUUACUUUACUGAUGAAAAACUGUGGUAAUGCAUGUAGCAGGUAACACACAGUGACAUUCAAGAGCUUGUUUGACUCAAACAGCUGCUUGUUAUAGAAAUCCCAAGAAAGACCAAAACCAACAAUUCAUUUGGGUUUCCUCUAAGCAGCUGCGUCUCUGGCUCUCAGCCCACUGAUCUCCUUUGAGGAGUUUAAUCCUUAACACACAUUUUUCUCUAAAGACCUUGUACACCUAUAGUUCCCCUAUAAUGGCAUUUCCAUUACCGCUCAGACCGCCUCUCAGGACCAGAUGAGAAACUGAUCACCCUCACCUCUCUGUUGCUUGUAUUGUAUCUAUUAGGAGGAUAAAUUAGUUAUUCCUAUUUUGUACGAAGCUUGGCGACAUCAUGCCUCCAUGACCCAGCAUCUAAUGUUAUUUCUCUGGUUAAAACAGAGUCACGCUGUAGUGUAGAGCCAGUGUAAACAGAUUUACUUGUUUGUUUUUUAGUGGUGGAAUUUUUGAGCCACUGAGUAUUGACUGCAGCGGGGUGCUGUAUGCUGGAUGGACUCAAUAUAAACUACAGAUUCCAUGUUUAUUGGAAAGAAGGAACAUGUCACCUGCAGCGACAGUGUGAUUUAUUGAUUUGUUGUAUGUUCACAGAGGGAAGAAAGCUAUCACCCUAUGAGACUGGGUCAGAUCAACCCUUGCAGAUUUUACUCUCCGGAGAAAUGAUCACAUUAGUUAUUGUUAAUUAUAUAUAUAUAUCUAUACCUCUAUGUCUCAGCUAUUAAGUUGUGAUCUUGGACUGAUUUAAUUUGAGGUCAGUGCUGAUCAUUAUUUUCUUAAAUCAGCUUUUUUUCAAAGGGUUAGACGGAGUCAGCGGUCACAGGCUGUGAAAAGCUUGUGUUUGACCCCUGAGUGUAUCGGAGAACUCAGGAAAGGGUGAAUGGAUGUGUGAAAGGGCUGAGGGGGAAAAAAUAAAGGUGCAUGUCCAGCUGAUGAAGGAAAGGUAAUUGCCUUCAAAGGGAAAAAAAAUGGGCGUAGAGAAAAGUAAGGAAUGUACCCUCGUUUAACAGGAGAUGGUGGGAGAAAUGGAUCAAUAUUUGCUCAAGCCCAGAAUGAGUCAUAGCUCUGAGUUGAUUUUAUCUUUCAGGUGCACCCUUUCACCUUGUACACACUAAACCUUUUACAGAGGGCCUGUUGACUGGGUGGCACAUCUGACCUUCCUCUCAGACUAUUUAGCCCCUCUCUUUUUUCUCUUAAACUACUUGCUCUACCUUGCACUUGAAAAUGUGAAUGAAAUAAUUGAACGUGUAAUUAAUCUUUUUUAUUACCUUGCUAUUUUGCUGAGCCCAUUAUCUUCAAUUCUCAAAGUUUGGUGGUGAACCUUAUUCGUGGAGCGCGCCUCACAACAUGAGGAAGCAGCAUCUGCCUCACAACCAAUCAGGUCGGGGGAGGCGGAGAACGGCUUUGUUUCCAGUCAGAAUGAGCGGGCUGCUAAAAAAUGUUAAAAUGUUGACUACACAGGCAUAAGAGAACACACCUAUAUUGUUAUAUUCCCAAAUGUCAUCAAUGACUAAUAUCUAUUGAUUGAUAUUAAAAGCUUUUUUGUUUAUACACCACAAAAAAAAGAUGCUUCUUUAACAGAAUCCUGUCUUCCCCACCUUUUAAUGAGACGACAAAUAAUUGCACUCACAUCCCUUCACAAGUUGUGUUACCAUGCUCACACAAACCCAGAGCAGUCAAAAGUUUGCAGCAUUUUCUGGGCUACCGCUCAAAAUUCUGUCCAAGUAGCGCACCACGGUCGAUCUGAUAAAAGUGAGGAGUGUCAAAUUCUCUGAAACAUCUGUGCUCCAUGUCUUUCCUGUAGCUGGAGCGUAUGUUAGAGGCAAGUGCAGUGCGGGCCCAGAAGCAGCUGGUGUUGUUGCACAGAGAAGACGCCCCCCCACCCAAAGGAACCGUAGACUGGCUCAACAUGAGAAGCUGGAUCUCCAGACACCUCCAUCUCUCUUGUCCCCGUAGGGUCUUCUCUAAGAGAAGCCUUCCCAAACUGGUGAGAGUAAAAGACAUGGUCUUUAGUUUUUGUUUCUUCCUUAUUUCUCAUCUGGAGGUUUAAAUGUCUCUUUUUUUCCCCCUAAAUUGUUACCAACCUGAAAAUGUUAAAAUCAACUUUUAAAUUUGUCUUUUUAAGUCAACAUCAGCGUGUCUGUCCUCCCUCUGGUUAUCUCACACCUCUCUUCUCCCAUUAGAGUAAUCUUCUGAUAUUUUUCAGCUUGAGCUGUAUCAACGUGUGUUUGAGAAGCCAGCAGACAGACACUCAGACUUCUCCCGCCUGGCUCGAGUCCUUACAGGAAAUGCCAUUGCCCUUAUCCUGGGGGGAGGAGGAGCCAGGUAAGUGUCUAUAUCUAGGGUUUAUUUGUUUUUUUUUUUUUGGUUGAGUAGUUCAACACCUCUCUGCAGUUCUAUAUUCAUUCUCCACACCUCCUCUCAGGGGCUGUUCCCAGGUGGGGAUUAUGCGAGCUCUGUGCGAGGCUGGCAUCCCAGUGGACCUCAUUGGUGGCACCUCCAUCGGUUCCCUAAUGGGGGCGCUUUACGCUGAGGACCGUAGCCACAGCCGCAUGAGGAUGAGAGCUCGAGAAUGGGCGAUGGUGAGAGUGGGAGACACACCGGUCAUAUUGUUAAACAAGAUAUAAGACUGACUGAUAUAUUGAUCUGCUUAUGAACCACAAGAAAUUAAGACCAAGUCCCACAUCUAAUGAUAAUGUUUUUUUUUUAUGUGAGCAUUUUUUUUAUAUAUUAGAUAGGGGACUUGAAAAAGCUGCCUCGAAACGCAUGUAUAUGGAGAAAGAUAAGAAUCAGUGUUCUGUAUCUUGAUUUAAAACAGCGACACUCUGCAGAGUAAGGCCAAUUGGCCAGCAGGAGAAUUCCCUCCUUCUGUUUUUAUACCUUUGUUGAAUCUUCUGUAGCUUUUUGAUGUAUUUUUGACCUUUAUCAAACAUAUGCAGCAUGUAAAGUAACGUCCUCUGACUGUUAAAAUAACGCUUUAAGUUCAUCUGCAUGCCUUCCUUUCCCCACUGUGACUCUCGCAAAGAGGAUUUUUCUUCAGAUUCUGUCUGUCUGCUUGUGGGUCCGUCCUUGUGAAGGUGAUUCUUUCAAAUAGCACGUUUUUGAAAUCCUAAUGCACCUCGGCCCCGGAUUCUUCCUUUGAUACAAUUAAACCCACUGUGCUGAUAAACCAUCAAAAGUUAGGGGUUGAUGUCGCACAUGUAGCUCUUGAUGAUUUUCUCUUUAACUCCAUGAGCAGAAAUAUUAGCAGUUGAAAUAUCACAUUAAUACUUAUGUUUUUGAUUCUGAAGUUAUCCAUGACGGCUAAUUUGAGACACCUGCUCAGUGUCCCGACGUGCUGGCUGAGCAUGUGGCACCAUUUGUCUUCCUGCAGGAUUUCCAGCCUUUCCUCGUCUGGCUCUGUCCUUGGUCCUGAAAGUUUGAUUUAGAAGCAGCUGGCUGGGUUGCUGCUCCUCCGUGUUGGAUUAAAACAACAGCAGUUGCAAUGAAAAUUUUGUCUUUUGCAAAUCAGGCAGACUGUCCAAAUGUAAGCGCUUUUGUAUGUGAGAGUGAUUCUUCAAAUUAGCGAGUAAAGCUUGUGUACACACCAGGAGGGAAGAAAAACAAGCUCAAAGAACCUUCAUGCACUGCACUUGCAAAUUGGAUUAAUCCGAAUCUUUCACCCCAGAUGUACUCUGGGUUAGUUUAACAGAAUGAAUCUUCUUUGUUAUAGAGAGAGAAGAAACAUUCUGACCUCUUUGCCUUCUUACUCUCCCUCCUGUAGGAAAUGACAUCCGUGUUCAAGAAGGUUCUGGAUUUGACAUACCCGGUCACCUCCAUGUUUUCAGGCGCUUCUUUCAAUUCCAGCAUCAGCAACGUCUUCAAGAGCAAACAGAUUGAGGUGAGUGAGAGUGACACGAGGAAAGAGAGCGUGGAAAAUAAACCUUCAUCAGGUAAACAUCCAGAAAUGAUGCAGAGCCCAUUAUGUUGAUCUGUUUUGAUGUAACCUUUUUGUGCAUGCAGGACCUCUGGAUCCCUUAUUUCAAUAUUACAACUGACAUCACCGCCUCGGCCAUGAGGGUACACACUGAUGGUAGGAACAGUUUUCUGAAAUGAGUCUGUUUUUCUGUGCUCUUGGAAUCAGUUCACACCAAUGACAAAGAUUUUAUGUCACCUCUGUCCUCAUGGGUGACAGACUUUAAGUAGGAUUUCCGAGGGGUUUGAUUUCCUGUCACUCGUUUUAUUUUCACACCAAUAUCUGGAUGUUUUUUUUCUUCUUCUUCUUGAGAUCGCUCUUAAGAGAAGUCUGAGAUGGAUUCCUGAAUCUGUUUUUGAACCACAACAGUAGAUAAACCUUUACUGUCCUUUUGUAAGGAAAUUAGAGUCUGCUGUUUGUACUGAGUGUACAUACAUAGAAAAUGAUGAAAACAAAGCGUCCAUUUCAUCUGUACCUGAAAUUAUUCAAUACAAUUCCCACAAACACACCACUCAUUUCAGGGCCAAGAUUCACUUUGUAUAUGACAGGACUAGGGAUGCACCGAUCUGAUAUUUGGAUCGAAUAUUGGCUCUGAUAUUGACAAAUGAACUGACGCCAUGGCGCCAAUCUAGCUUUCUAAUCCAGUCUUUCUAUUCUUUUAAUUAAUAUCACACACAGCGACACAGCGAUUCUGUUCACUCUAUAUUCUAUGUCUGUCUAUCCUUUUGCACCAAAUGUUUACAAGGAAGUCUUACUUCUUUUUGCUGUUUGCUACGUAAAUUUAUAUCUGUGUUAAUUUGCCUGAUGCCUUCACUCACAGGGCAAGAUAUACAGUUCAUUUAUUCAACAGCAGUAUUGGAUCGGUAUCGGAUAUUGGCUGAUACGCUCAGCCCAGGUAUUGGUAUCAGAUUGGAUCGGAAAAAAAUGGAUCGGUGCAUCUCUAGACAGGACCACCUUCAACGGUCUUCUUUAGUUUGGUUGGUGUCGCUCUCACUCAGCUCUUUGUGCCGCUGUGUUCUUUGAUUUUUGUUAGAUUCAAGGUUAAUUGUCUUUGUUCGGAGAGGACAGGGGAGAGAGCAGGCAGUGACGUGGCAAAAGAGCCCCAGGCUGGAAGUGAACCAGGGCUGACCCCUGAGGUGUGACCUUUGCACAUGGGGUGCCACAUAGACUGCUAAGCCAGUAGUGCCCUGUAUCCCUGUGUUUUAUUUCCCCUAGAUAACAUCUGUUUUACCACCUCUAAUGUUCUUUUCUCUGCUGGUAACUGGUUAGCCAUCCAUCACUUAUAAACUAUGGACGCUUUAGCAAACAUGAAAAUUCUCUGUCUGCUGUUCAAGGCUCUCUGUGGCGUUACGUUCGUGCCAGCAUGUCUCUGUCUGGAUACCUGCCUCCUCUCUGCGACCCCAAAGAUGGACACCUGCUGAUGGAUGGAGGCUACAUCAACAACCUGCCAGGUUUCUUACACUCUGGCCUCUGAAUUCUCUCUCCUCUUGAUUGUGUCAUUUUCGCCCCCUUCUGUAGCAUUAUUGCUCUAAGUUAUCGUCUCCUCCUGUCCCACCUUCUCUCUGUUACUGCUUCACCUCACAGCUGAUGUGGCUCGCUCCAUGGGGGCUAAAGUGGUGAUAGCUAUCGAUGUGGGCAGCCGGGAUGAAACCAACCUCACUAAUUAUGGCGACUCGCUCUCUGGCUGGUGGCUGCUAUGGAAACGCCUCAACCCCCUGGCUGAGAAAGUAAAGGUAAUGGAUUGAUUAAAAUUGAAGGCACAACAGUGGAUGUGCUGGGAUGUGUAAAAGUAAAUAAGUCCUAUGAAUAAGAAUGAGGAUAUUUCUGGAGGCGUGUAUUUAAAGAGAUGCAUAUGUUCAUUUUGGUCCUUUCUUGUUUCACACGUGAUCCGAGGUGUUGAACAUGGCAGAGAUUCAGACUCGGCUGGCUUACGUGUGCUGUGUUAGGCAGCUGGAGUCAGUGAAGAGCAGCGACUACUGCGAGUACAUCAGACCUCCUAUCGACAGAUACAGGACUCUGGAGUUUGGAAAGUUUGAUGAGAUUGCUGUAAGUAUGAGAGAGUUCUGCCUCUCUGUAUCUCAACUCUUGAACUCACUCUGACAUCACAAAUGGUGAUUUAUGUAAAAAAAAAAUGACAAUAACUCCCAGAAUUGGCUCAGAGUAGGGCUGCACGAUUAAUCGAUUUUAAAUGGUAAUUGGAUUAUUUGAUUAUGAGGAUGUAAAAAAAAUUAAAAUCACUAAAUUGAUUUUCCUCUCUAUCAUGUCUCGUGCCUCCAGGCCACUGUAGGCUCCCCCGUCCUGUGACAGCGCUCCCCAGUUCCCACACACACUAGUGUAAACAAACAUGGGGUUUGCAAAAGAAGGUGUCAGUUUCAUUGCUAAAAGGGGCGAGAGAAAGUCAAUCGAGUGAAAUCGGUACGACUUCACAUAUUCAGACAAAGAGCAAACCACUCCCCGCUGCAAAGUCUGUCUGAAGGCGGUAUCAAUCCGUUCACAUGUCCCCGUCCUAAAACGAAUUCAGGAGUAAACACAAAAGUCUUUUGUUGUACCAGCGUUUCAUCCACACGAAACAGCGUUUAACUCUAAACGGUACUUUUUGAAAACUGGUAUGACAGUGCGUAUAUCUGCAAACGACGACCAUUUCAUCUUUUCUUCUGUCUUUGUGCAUUUCCUUUGCACCGUUACAGCGCCACUUACUGGCUUGGUAUAUACACUACAUUGUUUUCAGUGGUUUUGUUUUAAGAGAUGAUAGAAUUUUUGCUAUUAUUUUUUUAAGUGAAGAGUCUUUCUGGCAAGUGAAAAUCGAGUUUUCAGAGAAAUAAAUCAGGAUUUUAUUUUUGGCCAAGAUUGUGCAGCCCUAGCUCAGAGUUCAAUUUUCUUGUGUAUCCUUUAUUUGAAAUAUUUUAUAAGGGCAUUUGUGUUUGUGCAACACAGGAGGUGGGAUACCAGCAUGGGAAAACAGUGUUUGAUGUGUGGAUUCGUAGUGGAGUCGUGGAGAAAAUGAUGAUAGACAGACACCAGGAGGAGUUCCAUAACACCCAAAGCAAGAACAAUGUAAGUAUGGAGGGUAGAAAGGACAUGAAGUAACACUGUGGAGCUUAAGUCAAUGUCACAAGACACAGUUGAGUUUUAAUGUAACUUAAUGUUGAUAAAUAAGCUCACAGACACAUUAUCUCAAUAAGUGUUUGGCAUUUUUGCAAAUUAAGUGUUACUCGAACAAAAUACAUGAUUUAAAUAAAUCCUUUCUCAAGAUGAGUGAAAAGCAUGCUGAUAAAAAUUGUAGUGAAUCACAACACAUCCUGUCGGCAGCAGAUGUAAGAUCCUAACUAAUAAUGUGACUCAUAGUAACAAAGUUCUAAACAUCGUCAGCUACUCUUUGCAGUCAAUUAUGGGAAGAUUGUGCAAACAUAUGAAGUCAUUAGCAAUUCAGAUUACUGACAACACACAUAAUUUGUUGUUGGGAUCAGCCUGAGGUUAAAAAUCUGUUUUUUUUUUUUCAACAAAUGAAGAGAGGAGAUUAAGUCCAAGCUACUCAAGAUAUCCAGAAACACGCCCUCUAGAGGUUCUGACAGAUUCUCCUCUCAUUUGUAUUCCUUGUUUGUCUGGUAGACCACAUCUGUGUUUUGUUAUGUUGUUUUUUAUUCACCCUCAUUCUUAUUGCUUUGUCAGUGUAACCUUAUAAUUGAGGCCUAGCUUGUAAAGUUGAACUGUUUAACUAUUCAUCAGACUGUGUUUAGAGUACAGAGAGACGUAUUUAUUCUAGACCAAAUUUGUCUCUAACGAUGUUCAGAAAGACUCAACAAGAGAAGAGAGAAAGAUCAAGACAGGUUAGAGGUUUAGCCUCUGAAUAAGGAGCAUCAUAAGAGGAGUGGAGGGGAAACUAGCAUGGUUGGUGUUGUGAAGAAACUUUGAUUUGAUCUUGCUUAUAUGGAUGUACUUCUAAAUUAAACCUACUGCAGUAGUCGCCACAUGCUGGCUGGUCACUGAGUUUUCUUCAUCUGCGUCUACUUCCUCUUUAUCUACCUUCUGUUUAUGGCAGGUGGCAACCAAAGUAAAGAGCCAUUACCGCCCCCUGCUAUGAACCAAUUAGUUGCACCGUAUACGGGUGCUUAUUUCCAGCACAUUAUCAACGUUUCAUUUUAUUUUUUAUAAGACCAUCAUUGCCAGUUCUAAAUAUAUAUAUAUAUAUAUAUAUAUAUAUAUAUAUAUAUAUAUAUACACAUAAACAGCUCCAGUUUUUAGGAUAGAGUCAAAGCAACAAACAAACAAAUACACAAGAACAAAUCUGGAGUGAAAGAACAAUGGCGCUACAGUCUUCGUUUUAGGAUCAGCGCAAUAAAAAGGUCCAAUUUCCUUUUUUUAUUUUUUACGGAAACCAUCCCACAUGGGCAGCUAAUGAGUUUUCUUUCUAUUUCAGUCUCCUCUGUUGGGUACAACUCCUAGGAGAAAAAAUACUUCUCCCCGUGUGACAUGAACUAAAUACAGUAGAGUGCUGAGUGGGACUGAACAAAAGGACGGAACUGGGAACUAAAAUUUGAAAGCGGAAGUGUUUAUAAAAGUCGUUUUGAUUUAGAUCAUGGAUAAGUGGAAAAAUAAUCUCUAGACUUUAAUCAUAUCAACGUCUUAGUUGUCACCAGGCGUAUGACGGCAGGCAAAGUGUUGACACCAGCAGCUGUCGUAGUUAAAUCACAAAUUAGUUAUCCAACACUCAGGAAGUGAAAAUGGCUCCGGCUCCUGUCUAUCCUUCUUCUCUUGAUAAACAGAAAUAUGUUGGUGUAUGAUGUGUUUCAGGUGGUGACGUGUCCCAAUGCUUCCUUCACUGACCUGGCAGAGAUUGUGUCCCGCAUUGAGCCCGUCAAACCAGCUGUGGUGGAUGGUAAAAUAACCAACACACUGACUCAACCACACUCAUUACAAUGUAGAAACUGUGUGUCAGAGAAAAGGGGGGCUUUUUCUCCUCUGAAUUAUCAUUUGUGUUUCCAGCGCUUGCUCUGUUAUGUUUUCUUCCUGCAGUAAAACUGUUUCAUAUGGAGGAAAAACAGACUCUGAAUUUGAAUCUUAGAAUUUACACGAGGAUCCAGCAGGUUUUGGCAUGCUGAUAGAAACAACUUUGAGAGAAAGCAGGGUCUGUGCAAAUGUCGGAUCUUUUAUCCAAAACAAAAUUUAACAUUUCUGAAAUCCACGUGAGAGGUGCAAUUUGGUUUCCUCGGGAUAUCUUCCUUCCUCUUCUUCUAUUUAUAACCUCUUUGUCAUCCAUCGCUCACCAAACUGCCCAGUUUGCCUUCUCACAGUGGUGCACAUUCUUGCUUUUCUGACUCACGCACCUGCACACCCACUUUGUUUUGUCACCUCUUCGACACACCACAUAUUCCAACUUAUUCACCCACAAUGUGCUUCUCUGCUUCCUGUCCUCCACCCCUUCCCUCCAUCAGACGAGUCAGACUACCACACUGACUAUGAGGAGGAGGCACUGGAGAGCGCUCUGUCUGACAUGGAGCAAUACAAUCAAUGCCAGGAAGAGCACACAGAAGGGGAGGAGACCGCUGACACGGUGCGAAACACUGGUGAUAAUGCUGGGCGCUGAAGGGUUCCAUCUGUUAAGUACAGCACUUAAAUGUUACUCUGGAGAAAGACAAAAGUGUGCCGUUGGCCAUUGUUCAGAAUUGAUUAGAGUUCACUCUGGAGAGUGGCCAAUGCGCUGCAAGGGCAUCUAAUUAAACAAUAUGUUCAAGUUAAGAGAGCUCAGGCUGAAGGAUGGUGAAGGUAUGUAUCUAUAGACUGUAUGAGAUAAUGAUACAACAAGACAAUACAAGAACAUCUAUGCAGAUGUUGGUGUCCCGGAAAUAAAGCCAAAUUAUUUGGAUCUCCUUAUAGACUGACUUAAGCGAAGGUUAUAAAGUCUGCUUCAUCUAUUUGAACAGAUGGGACACAGGUUACUUUCGCAAAUCUAAAUUAUUUCACAAACUUAGCCUCUGUCUUUAUUAUAUUACCAACAUAGACUGUAUGUAGAAUGGACGCUGCCUGCCUCCUUGCUGGGUGAAGCCACCACGAAAACAGCUCCCUCUGGUGACGGGCUGCAGUAUAGGUCAUAAAUCCCACCUCCUUAUGGAGCUGUGGACAAGCUUUAGAAAUUAAUUACACAGAAUAAAAAAAUUUUCCCACCUACUUGUGAUAUUGACAUGUAAUUACUGUAAGACUGGUUUGUUCUCAAGUCCUCUUUUUUCUGUACAGCUCCAUUUUUAAAAGUUAUUAGGGGGUUCAUGUUGUCUAUGAUUGACACUUGAUACAGCCUAUGGGCGUAAGAAGAUUGCGUAACUCACUUGGGGAAUACACUGUUUGAGCCGAGCGUUAUCACAGCGACUCUCCUGCUGAAUGCUACUGCGCAAGUGGUGGCUCCAGGAAGUGGAGAAAAUCCCAGAAAUACCGAGAGCAACUCGGCUUCAAGUUUGUAUAAUGACGGAAGGCGGAGCCAAGUUGUCCAUACUGUAUAUACAGUCUAUGAUUAACUUUUGUACAUUAUUCAAUUUUCUGAGAAAAUUAGUUUGGCUGCAUAAUCGACAACUGCUGAGUGUGUCAGGUUAGCAGAAUAGAUGAUAAACUGGACGAACCAUCGAAGCUGAUCCUGAGUGUCUGUGAACUCAAACAGCUUGAGCACAGAUCGGUUUGAUCUUCACUGUUAUGACAGUAAGUUAAAUGUGUAAUAGGUGUGAUAUGUCAAUAGUGUGUUAACUUUACGCCGAUAUUCUGUAUGUACACUGGGUCUUUCUGGCUAAAUAACUGUUGAUAGAUAAGCCUAACAAGCUUUGUGGAUACUGAGUUAAAAUACUGAGUGUGUCAGCUCGAUUAACAGAAAAACUACGUUAGCCUGUUUAAAGUGGAAUUUAUUCAAACAAGUUUCUCCUACUUAAUCCAUCAGCUGAUAAUGCACAUCUGUUACUAGCGCUACAGACACAGAGUAAAGAGAUAAUUAGUGAGAAUGGAUCGGAGGUGUCCGGCUCAGGCCAUUAAAGAAAGGAUUAGAGAAAAGCCUUUUUUGAGCAGCACAGUUUCAGCCUGUUACCUCACAGAUCUAUGGAGGAGGAGGAGGAGAAGCAGUUUAAGUCAGAUCAGGGUUGAGAUUGUCUAAGAGUUCACAGUUUUUAUGUCAGUUUUCAUACAGUGCGCACACAUUUUAAUAUGUAGGAAAUAUAGUAGAGACAUGACUGCUGAGAAUCAAUCUUAUCGAUCUCUCCUUUCUUAUACAUUACCUUGUUUCUGAUUCUCAGGAUGAGGAGCUGGAAGAAAGACGUGAACGCCACAUUACCUCUCUCACCAGCAGCCACUCUCAUUCCUCCACCAUCUCCAGCAGUCCACCGCACAUGCCGUCAAAACAGCAAGUCCUCUCUAAACAGUCCAUUAAGUGAAGGGCAGCCUGAUGAACCCUACCCCAACAGGUCAUCGCUAUUUAUCCUACCUGUCUCUCCACUCUCCAGUCCGUCCCACAUGACUCCAAACCUGUCCCCUGACAGCAUGACUGAUUAGCAUUUAGCCCUCUGUAACCUAGCCUCUAGCUGUGUGACUGACAUAUCAACAUACAGUCCCCCAAAAAUACACUCAGAGCGCGCCCAUUUGCAAGUCCGUAUGCAUUCCUCUAAUCCAGCAGCAGCUGCAAUCAUUUCUCAUAUUGAGACAGCCAAAUUACCGUCUGCUUUACAUAAAUCACAACAGUACAGUGAAAGAUAAAAGGAAUCAAAGGUGAGUAGAUAUUAUUUCCAUGAAAUAUUGUUACAUCAACCAAGUUUUGAAUAAUAACUUUCCAUGUAUUAGGAUAAAAAGCAGGAUUUAGGUGUUUUUUUAGGUGUUAGAUAGUCAAAGAGUAUCUGUAGAUAACUUUAUCUCACACUGAACUGCUGUCUAGACAUACAAACAGUUCUGAUUUAUCUGCUUCUGUGAUUUCUGCCAAACAUGAAAACUGCCGCCUUGCUCAAGGGAUGGAAAGAAAAAUCACCUUCUGCCUUUUUGGCGAACUUUGCAGUUUUCAUUUCAAAUUUGGCGUUUUGCGCUGCUGCAAUUAGAUAAAAAUCCUUCAAAUAAUAGAAGACUCCAAGGAAGCAAAUUUACUCUUCAGGCGCUUUGCACACAAGUCCUUCCCACAAGAAGAUUAUGAAUCUGCCAGGAGUAAGCAUGACUGCUGUUGAAGGGUGAUAGAAAAACACUAUUAUUCUAUUAUUAGUUCAACUGUUUAUGAAAGUCUUGAAGUUAGUGGGAUCAUUUAAAUGUCUGCCCUAUUGUUCUGUUUGGGAGAUAAUAUUCAGAUUCUUAAAGUAGUUUUUCUACGGUGUUAGCUCUUUUUUGAUUCCACAUAAAUCCUGGAAAUUUCAUAAAUAAUUAAAAAUAUAUAUAUCUGCAUGUAGAGACAUUACUAGUGGGAAGUAAGAUGGGCCCACUGGCUUUUUCAGGUAUACCUGUGCAAUGUUACUCGGUCCAAUGCAUCAGGGUUUGCAAAUGUGUCUCUCCAUACAAAAGUCAAACAGUGUUUGGUGGCGGGGUUAGUAAUCUGUAAAUUAGAAGAGAUGUCUUUCUCUAACAUCAAAGUCAGGAGCAGUAUUAUAAUUCACUAUAUUGGAUCAAUAGGUUUGACAAAUGCAGUCCACAGUUCUCUCACUGACCCGAGGAGGAGCCAGACUCUUUGGACUGGGGUGGUCAAACUUGAGGGGCUGCAUUAGAUAUGUGUGAAUGUACAUUAUGAAUGGCAUUUAUUUACCUCCCCUGUCACCAUUCAUCACACCUGGACAACAUUCCUGUGCACUUUUUGUUUUCAUGGUAAAAAGUAACACUAGUGUCAGCAUCUGAAAUCUCUCAGCUUAAGCUCUUCCUGACUAAAGAAAAAUGCCCCAUCUUAAAAUACUAAUCAUGGUAAAUUAAAAUGCAGAGAAAGCUGAUGGGGAUUUGUUACAAUAACACCUUUAUGGUUAAUUUACAUGAGCACCACCUCUGAGAACCCCAUUCAUUUUUAGCUUUCUGGGGUGGCCAUCAGAUUUUACAGUCGGGCAUGGCCACCCCUCGCGAUCCCCUGUAUCUGCCCCUGACUCUGGUCCUUAUGCAAACACAUUACCUCUGUUAAAGCCUCUGUUACAGUAAUAAUGAUCUUGGAAGUAGGCUCCCAGCACACAGAGGUUUAUCUUUAGGACACAGUGUUUGCCACCUGAUUUAAGCUAAAACCCUUGUUAUGUAAAGGUGCAAUCUAAAGCUUUUUGCUGGAAAAAUAUGGACCUGCCCUUUUAACAUUUUCUCGAGUUUCUGUAAUGAUCCUCAGCAACCUUCACUCAUUUAAAACCAGAAAGAAUGAACUGAGCGGCUCACUGUAUCGCUGCGGCUGUCAGCGCAGUUUUGUUGGACCCGGUGUGCCAGGGACAUGGAGGGGAGCGAUGAGUGCAAUCCACUUCAAAGCUCGAGUUUCCCUCUCAGCUGGUGAGUCAGCCCCCCUCAUCUGUUUUCUGGCUUGAAUCUGUCAGACUCAGAAGGAGCAGCAGACAGAAAGGAUCUGUUGGCCGAACCCUGAAGCUUCACUCGUCUCACUCCGGUUUGUACACAGGAGUUAUUUGCAGCAGGAGGAGGGUAGUUUUCACAGGAACACGCUGUUACACGAGUAAUUUGGCAUGUCAGGAUGUGAUUUAGCUCCGUUAAUUGAACUAUUUGGAGUAAGUUUUCCCUUUCAGAACUCACUCAAAGUUAAGCUGUCUAGAAAUGUUGCACACAGAAUUUGCUGUUGUAUUGACAAGAGACAAAAGCUUGACAAUCAAACCAGAUGUACAAUGCACAGAAACAGUAGCUGACAAAUCAGUUAAUAGCCAUCUCAGUUUAAAGGAGAGAUCACUUAUGUUUGGUCACAACUAACAAUUAACUUCAAAACAUCUAAGUGUAGUGAUGAUCUAUGUUUUUUUCCUUUUAGGUGACAAAAAUGUAGGGUCUAUUUAAUUCAGAAAUAAUGAAAAGUGGACACCUUUGUUUUUAUAAACCAUCCUUCUUGUCUAACCAACGGUCAAACUCCAAAGACUUUUUUAACUUUAGUGAUUCCAGUUAAAACAACAAAUUCUCACACUUCAUAUUUUGGUUAUGGAUCGCUCUAACAAUUAAAUUAGCUGGACCUCUAUGUCAAAAAUAAACAUUUUUAACAGGAUUUCUGUUUUGUAGUUUUGAAGUAAGAUGUAAUCCACUCCUCAGUUCUUGUCUUUUGGAACUAAAUGAUUUGUCAUUAAACAGCCAGUGCUUCAUAAGGUCAGUCAAACUGUAAUCAAAAAAUAUCAAUGCAAGUUUUCGUGGUUUUAUUGCAGUUACACUUGGUUAUGCACUCUGUGAGCACCUAUAUGAAGCUGUGAUCUGGGCUCAUAUCAGUGCUACAAGUGCCUGCAGCCUUACAUAUGUAGACAGUAGGAGGGACCCUGUGAUAACCACCAUUGGGUCUCCAUAUGGUGUUACAUAAACAGAACCUGACUGCAGAAUAAGAGGCAGAGGCAGAAAUAGGAGAAAGUUUUCACUUCAACGAUGAGGUAAUGGAUUUUGCACCCUUGUUUCUUUCUUCCUGUCUUUCUUUCAUUCAUUCUUUAAAAUUCUGGAUGGUUUCCAGAAAGCAAGCACAAUGAAUUGAUGUUGUCUGGCAGAAUGAAUGUUUCACCUCUUUAUUAAAUGGGACAUUGUAAUGGAUGAGGGGCUUAUGUAAUGUGUGGAACUGUGCCACAGAGUUAAUGUCACAAGGCCUUAGAUGACGCGAUGGAACAGCUACCACUUGUGCCCUGACUUUGGCAUAGAUUUUGAUUAUUCAAAGAGUUAUAAAUGAUGUUUAUCUAUAUGUCUGUAUUAUAAGAUACCUAUUCCUUGUCUAAAUAUUUAUGUUAUUUGAUAAAUAUAUGUUUUUGAUAAUCAGGUGUUACUAAUAAACCACUGUUCCUCUGUCUCUUUGGGUUUUUAUUGCUCUUUGUCAGGUUUGUAAUUAGCUGCAUCAAAAACUUUGCAUUUUAGGGCAGCGAUUUGCAGUCAUUUUGAUCUUUGAUUAAUGGGCCCAUUAUAAUUUAAAUGGAUCAUUUGAAAUAAAUGGUUAAAAGUAUCACACAAAUUCAAAAGGCCUGUGGUGAUAUGAAAUUGCUUUUUGGUCCAAAACUUGAAAAUUUGUACCUUCAAGAAAGAGGAAGCAGCAUGUUUGCUUCAAAAACGACCUGACUGAUGAGUCAUCUGACAAAGCUGCUGCAGGGAACCUUCUCUGUUGAUCAAAUAAUUGAUUAAUCAACUUCUGUCUCUGCAAAAUGUGGAGUUCAUUUAAAAGAGCCUCGAGAGCAGAGAGAUGCUUCUUAGCUGAUGAUUUCAGAGGAAGUUUUUCUGUAGUAUUUAAAGAGAAAUGUUUGAACCUGUUUGAGCAUCUUUAUAUGAGGUCACGACUCCUACCUGAGUUAAUCAAGGAAGGUUUAUGAUAAGGAAAAGAUUAAUCAAUAAUGAAUGCGUUCACGGAAAAGGAGGUAUUACAGAGGUUAAAGACCCACUCCGAUGAAAAUCAUGUUUUUCUUGUUGUCUACAUGUUCAUACUGCAUUUUUCUGAUGUUCCAGGACAUAUCAUAAGAAAACUAAAUGCAAAAUUGCUUUUCUGAGUAUUUCUCCACUCAAAUCUCUGUGAAUCUCUGGCAGAGCCAAACAGCAGGUUGAAAACAGUGAGAUGUCACCGUCAACCAUUCUAAGCUCCGCCCCCGGAGCCCCGGGGGCAUCAAUCACUUCACCUAUUUAAACCGGGGCAGCAUUUCCGCAUUUCAACCUUCCAAGCCGGGAGCGCGGUUGCGCAUAUCUGCUCUUUAAAGUUUGUUUGUUCAAGGUUCUCAAAAAUGUGAUGAAGGUUCAGAAAAAUAAAAGAUAGUUAUCUUAAAGCUCUUAAAUACUUUUUAAAUGUUAUCUGCUACAGAGGCGGAGAUAUCAGCUUUUGUGUAAACCUCAACACUUCAAAAAACCUCAGGAUCUAGGAGCCCUUCUCAAAAUCAUCUAGCCUUUCUUAUAUGUCAAUGGUCUGUCUUGGUCCAGUCAUUCAACCCACCCUAGAAACUUUUGGGACAUUUUCAGAAGUUUAGUUCUGGUGUAAAUGCAGCUGAAGGCUACAAGCACACAAAAGUAAGACUAACUUUAAAUGAAAACAGGUUAGCCUUAUCCUCCCUCCAACAUUAGCCAGUACUGCUAAAAAUUCAAGCUAAUGCGUUUUAAAGCAACAACAGAUCCUGUUAUGGGUUAGAAUUUUUCUCGUUUAAUCUGAACAAUCAACCCUGAAUCAUCAUAUUAAUGAUAAAUGGUCUUGGUGUUUCCCAGUGGACUGAGCUAUUUCCCUUUCAAUGAUUUAUUAAGAACAGCCAAAGGAAAGUGGGUCUUGGCUUUGGAUCUCAGAUUUAGAAACCCAGCAUAUCUCAUAACGCUGAGCCACAGUAUUCCCCCCUAAAACAGCACCUCCAUUACAGCACAGGGUCCCGCUCCACUUCUUUAAGACCACUGCCAAUAUCAACUGAUGAUUCUCAGGCCCUAGAAACCAUAUUUGUGUAAUUUUGAACAGAGCAUCACAAAUGAAGAGUGAUCACACCUGUAUAGGCCUGUUUACUACACACACACACGCACACACAGAUCACACAUACCAAAGCAUGAUUAAUCCCACCUUAUUGAUGUGUCCUAUAAUGAGCUUUUGCAAUCCCCCCACCCUCCCCUGGGAGCGCAGACUUGCAUCAGCUAAUUAAUGAGCACUUGGGGGGGAAUUUGGGUCAUGAGAGGGGCCAGGAGGAGAAAACUGGGGGGAAUAAGUGGCACCAGCCCGGAUCAAUACAUCACAGAGGGAUGAAAACUGGAGGGAAUGAGGAUGGGCUACCAGGAUAUUUAAGUCUUUUACAAAACAACUGUGUUGACUGUGAACAAGUGGUGCCAGAGUACUGCUGAGUGGGGAGUGUUGACCCCACUGUGGACUGUAUUACCCUGACACACAGCAGAGGAUUUGGAGAACCAGUUAAGGGAAAAUGAAGCAUAUCAAAGGGGAGACUAGGGGCGGUUUCUGCCCUCAAACAAACGGACAGUUUGAUUUAUAGAAGGUCACAAGAAACAGACCAGAGCAGCAAAUCGUACCUUUCUCUUUCCGUCCACACAGGACGGCUCUCUUUUCCCCCUGCUCCGCCUGGUUUCUUCACCUCUCAUUCUUCUUCCUCUGCUCGCAGGCUUUUGGAAAACGGGGACAAAAGGGACUUAAACAGGUAAGUGGGUCACACUUUCUGUUGCUGUAGUGAAAAGGCCUCUGUGACGCGUGAAGGCAAAAAUAGAUAGUCAACACACAGAGAGGGUCCAACACAAAGAUGCAUGAGCGUUACCUACUGAACCUUAAAUGCUAUUUUGUAAAAUACACUCUAGUCGAAGUCAUUAAAUGAGGUUGGUAAUAUGAUACAUGAACACAGGGAUUGUUCACUGGAAAAACUAGCUCACAAUUUAUGGAUUUCAGUAAACCUUAGUCUAGCUAUAACAGUCUGAUGUUCUGAUACUUGAGUCUGGACUGAAAUAUCACAUUCUAUGGAUUGACAUCAACAUUUUGUGUCAUCAGCUGUGAUCCCCAUAUGAUCUGUUCAGUUUUACCGUUUAGCUUUACCUUGAAAAAAUGUCUUGCCAAGAAGAUAUCAUAAGAUAUUGUUCCUCUGAAGUACUGAGCAAGUCAGAGUUUUACUUCUCCAGUUACUUCUGAGUGCAAUGGUGAGUGAACC